AUGCGACAAUGUACUUUCUGCUCGCUCAGACAGUUCGCAAUUGCAAAAAGCUCGUGUGCUCGAUGCGCUCAGGAACUUGUUGCGGCAACAGCGGGUACAUUCCGCUCAGCAUUGAUCCGUCUCAUCGAGAACAGAGAUCCGGACUUGGACAAGGCAGUUUGCGCUCUUGCCAGUGCUCAUGGUGAUGCAUGUGCCACACGUGCGGUCGCCACGGCUUUGGCCGCGCCACCCUCUGAUGCACGCCACACAAGGCGGGUCAGCCAGGCGCUGCUCAAGAUGGCUGGCAAAGGAGACGCUGUUGCAAUCGAGGCUGUGAGUGACUGCUUGAAACACGAGUCCAGCGUGGUGCGGGAGCAAGCCGUCACUACGCUCAAGGAAUUGUCCAGUCCCGGAGAUGCGGCAGUGCUUCCGAAACUGGUGGCAGCUUUGGCAGACGAAGGGCUGAGGGUCCGAAUGGCUGCUGCAGAUGCUUUGUCCAAGAUUGCGCAGAGGGGUGAUCCUCUUUGGACAGCACUCAUCGUGGAUUACUUGGGCCAUCAGUCACUCGAUGUCCGUGAGGCGGCACUUAUCGCCCUGCAUCGACUUGCAGCUCCAGGCUGUGCAGACGUUGUUGCGUCGAUCUCCUUGCGCAUGGAAGAUGCUGACAUUGGAGGGAGAAAGGCCCUUUUAAUGGCACUGCAACAGCUCGCUCCUCCAGGAAACCAGCCUGCGAUCCUCGAGGCUACGAGGCGCCUGACUGACUCCAGCAUAGAGGUUCGCAAGAUGGCCUUGCGAGUGCUUGGAGCGCUGGCAGACGACUUGCCACCCAACCUCGAGCGAGUGCUUGAGAGCAGCCUCCAGGACUCCCACGCAUCGGUGCGAAAGACGGCUGUAUCGGCCCUGGAGAAGUUGGCCGCGAAGAGUCCCUGGCUUCGAAGUCUGCUACUGUCGCGUCUUGAAGACCCUGCACCCUGCGUGCAGUGCGCAGCGAUUCUUGCGGCAGGCAGAAUCUGCGACCUCGAUGAUGAGGCCUCGGCAAACACGCUGGCAGCGUGCUUGGACUCGAAUGAGAAGAUGUGCGAGGCGGCUGCGCAGCAGUCCCUUGGAUGGCUCUUGCAGCGCGGAUCCCGAGCGCCACUGCCGGUGUUGGCACGGCUGCUUUGGCAUGGAAAUGAAAAGGUCCGCGAGUCAGCGAACCUCGUGCUUUCGCGACUGCCUCCUCAGUGGCAAUGGUUGAGGGAGAAGUGGAGCCCAGCAACUCCUCCAAGCCGACCCUUGCGGUUCCCGCACAAGGUGGAGGCCUCGUCGUUCUCCUGA